AAUUUUUAGCUUCUCUCUCAUGUCUCGUUCCAUUUUUCAAGGAUCUCUUCUCAUUUCUUUUCUCAACUUCCUCCUCUUCUUUUGAUCACCUUUCUUUUCUUUUCAUUAUUCACAAACUCAGUUAGCUGCUCACUUCCUAACAGAGACAGACACCAUGGCGAACGCCGCAUCUGGGAUGGCCGUGGAAGAUGAUUGUAAGCUGAAGUUUCUGGAUUUAAAAGCAAAGAGAUGCUACCGUUUCAUUGUCUUCAAGAUUGACGGGCAGCAAGUCGUGGUGGAGAAACUUGGGAGCCCAGAUGAAAGUUACGACGAUUUCACCAACUCUCUGCCUGCUGAUGAAUGCCGCUAUGCUGUCUUUGAUUUCGAUUUCACUACUAAUGAAAAUGUCCAGAAAAGCAAGAUUGUCUUUGUUGCUUGGUCACCGGAUACCUCCAGGGUGAGAAUGAAGAUGGUGUACGCAAGCUCCAAGGAUAGGUUUAAGCGAGAGCUGGACGGAAUCCAGGUUGAGUUGCAAGCAACUGAUCCCAGUGAGAUGAGUCUUGACAUUGUAAAAGCUCGUGCAGUCUAAAAUCCGGGAACUGAUAGAGUUUCCUUUGAUCUGCAGCCACCAUGCAACAGUAGAUGCAUACUAUGGCUGAAACAUUUGUAAUUUUUGCGUCUAACAUAUGUUUAUUAUACUAAACUCCGUAGCAGAACUAAUGUGGUAUUAUGAUUCCUUCUUUUGUAAUGUUUAUGACAUUCAAUAUUCUCUUUAACUAUGUUGGUGU